GUUUGAACCGGAGAAAAUUCAGAUCUUUUUUUGCAACUGACAACUAAGGGCAUCUCCAAAACACCCGCAAAAAAAAAGGGCAUCUCCAAAAGGCUAGGUAUAUCCCUAGCUAAAAUUAGAGAUUUGGAAGGCAGCUAAAAAAAUAAAAGGCAUUCUAAAAAGAUGGGCUAUCCAACAGGCUAGUAUAAUGUUAACUCUCCAUAUUCAAAACCUCUCAUGUGGCCACGUCAGCAUCUCUUUUUUUUCCCCCAAUCGGGAUCUAUCUCCUACCGCUGCUGCCGCCGCCGCCGCCGCCGCUCUGCGCCCAUCCAUCGCCGCCCGGGAGGUCCUCCGCCGCCGCCGCUCUGCACCCAUCCAUCGCCGCCCGGGAGGUGCUCGAUCAGAAUAGCACCUGGAUGCCGUGCCUCACGCCUCCUGCCGCCACCCAUCCUGCACGUGGUGUCUAACUUCGCGAUUUGUUUUGGAGCCUGAAGCCUUCUGCCGCGAGGUAUGGUUCCUGUACCAAUGAUCUAAUUUGUGCUGCCUGUUUGUAUUCCUGAAUGAAUGAUCAAAUUUGUUCGGGCAUACCAGUUUGUAUUCAAAACCAACACCAUAGAGUAUGGAUUCAGAUGAUGAGUUCAAUCAGUUUGUAAUGAAUGAAUUGAUUGAUUCCUCCUCUUCGGAUGAUUAGAAUAAUCUAUUUUUUGUUGCCGCGCACAUGAUCAUUGAGGAUUCGGUUAAUCAUCCGGGUCGAAUUGGUUCUGUUGAGGGACAUGAGGUAGUGGAUCGUAAAAGACUAUUACACCAUGAUCUUCUUUACAAAGACUAUUUCUCAGAUAAUCCUACGUUCCAAGCAAAGACUUUUAGACAGAGGUUUCGGAUGAGACAGCAUGUAUUUCUUUGCAUAAUGAAGGCUGUUCAGGAACAUGACGACUAUUUCGUGCAGAAGAAGAAUGCAGCCGGUGUGCUAGGACUAUCUUGUCUGCAGAAGGUCGUUGCGGCUUUUUGUAUGUUAGCUUAUGGAGUACCGGCUGAUGCUUUGGGCAAGUACAUUCAUAUUGGUGAGAGCACCGCUCUAGAAGCUUUGAGAAAGUUUGUAGUAGCUGUUGUUGAGGUCUUUGGACCGGAGUACAUGAGGAGGCCUAACGCACAGGAUACCGCUAGGUUACUUGCAAUUGGAGCGAGCAGAGGAUUUCCUGGUAUGCUUGGGUCCAUAGAUUGUAUGCAUUGGAGCUGGAAAAAUUGUCCGACAGCAUGGCACAGGAGCUAUAAAAAGGAGCCUACAAUUAUAUUGGAAGCAGUUGCAUCUAAAGAUCUAUGGAUAUGGCAUGCAUUCUUUGGCAUGGCAGGUUCACACAAUGACAUAAAUGUUCUUCAAAGAUCGGAUAUAUUUGCAAGGCUUGCUGAGGGGGAAGGUCCACAAGUUAAUUACAACAUCAAUGGUCAUGAAUAUUCAAUGUGUUAUUAUCUAGCAGAUGGCAUAUAUCCGUCGCGGGCAACUUUUGUGAAGACCAUUCCAGAGCCACAAGGUAAUAUGAAAAAAUAUUUUGCAAAUGCACAUGAAACUUGUCGAAAGGAUGUUGAAAGGGCAUUUGAGGUCCUACAAUCUCGGUUUGCUAUUGUUCGUGGCCCGGCUCGUAUGUGGGAUGAAGAUACGCUCCAUAAUAUUAUGAUGGCUUGCAUCAUAAUGCAUAACAUGAUUGUUGAAGAUGAGCGAGAUGAGUAUGAUUACAACUUUGACGAUAGGGGCCAAUAUGUAUGCGACUACGAGGACAUGGGAGAAAGGGUCACAGUUUCCCAUGAUGCUGCACCUGAACUUGAUGCUUUCAUUGAGAAUUACAAAAACAUAAAGGACAAGGAAACCCACACUCAGCUUCAGGCAGACCUGAUCGAGCACUUGUGGCAAAACCAUAGAGAGUUAUACAAUGUUGAUUAAUGUUGCUUAAUUUUGUGUACUCCAUUUAAUAAUUAUUCGAGAUGUUUAUUAUGCAAUAUUUAUUUUGAAUUGCAGAGUGUGGUGUCCAUUUA